AAUUUGUGCGCAUGCGUGCAUAUUUAUGAAUUUAUUAGUGAGAGGUCUAUACCUAUAUCCUGGAUAUUCUAUACGCUGCUUGAAAUCCUAGCCAAUUCUAGAAAUAUCUUUCUGAAAAUUGAUGCGUGUAAAAUGAUUGACCAUAUAUGCAUGACGGAAUUACUGUAUCUCUAGAAUUCCAGCUCUUAAAAUAUACUACACUAGACUGUUGUUCUUUUGAUUUGAAAGGUGAAUGUACGGUUUCCGACCAUAAAGGCGUCAGUCCUCAUUAAUGUGAAGCACGAAAACACUGAAAAUAUAUGUAUACGUAAAUUUGACCUAGAGACUCCUCAUUGAAACUUAAUUCGGUCCAUUGCACUCUUAAAGAGCAACUGCUAAGAAAAACGUGUCCCUAAAUAAUUUGUCUCGCCAGUACAGGAAGCACAAGCGCUGGCCCGCAGUGUCGUGUUUGACAAAAACUGCAUGUCGGCAAAAGUUUGACGAUGAUGUCCUUGAGGAUAUGCUUUCCAUUUCUCUGACCAUGAAUUGAAGUUGGAGUUGUAGCGUAUAGCUGGUGUAAAAAGCGCCCUCAUACAGGAGACAAUCCAUAAUAUGCACGAGCAGUGAUUUUCCAGGAUCCAGACAGGCCGAAAUGGUCAACAAGUUUUCAGUGACGUGUGGAAGUUAUAAUAAUGUUCAAAUAUUUCUGUGACACUGACUUAUUCGUUCGGUUUUUUUUUUAAGUGGGCCGAGCCCUGUCCACGAUUGUUGGGUCAGGGAUCCUGGCAAAUAGCACACCGUGAUGUUAGCUAUCGAUGGUCACCAAAAUGACACAGGUGUCAUCUCAUUUUACUCUACAAAUGUCAUCUUCGUGAUGGCUUGAUUUCUUCAGAUCACUUCAGCAUAUGUUCACAAUAAUUUUCCCUCUUGCAACCCCUCCCCUUAUCCCCAGAACUCUGUUGCCCUCUUGUGCCCCCUCCUCCCUGAGAAGAGCAUGCAUGGCUCGGCUACGCCACUGCUCUGAAUGGGCGGAAUCGUUUCGUCCAGGAACUACAUUAAUUAAAUCGUAGGACAUUUAUUAUUUGGUGUCCAUGCUUGUGCUAAAUACCAUUCAAAAUGUAACGUCACAAACUUCUACGUAUGUAACUUAAUAGUCUCCCACAACAGGAGAUAAAACAAGAAGCACUCCACUUCUCCUAUCAGAUGUCGGAAGCUGCGGUUAUUGGUUUACUAUCACCUCAAAGUGUGUGUGAAUAAUUGUGUGUUCAGGUGGAUUAGCCGUGCCGAUCAAUAUCAAGGCUGGCUACCGCAGAAAUGGACGCUUAGCAUUCCAGACUUUGAACCAGCCCGCCCAAGUUUCAAUUGCCUUCAGCGCGGUCUUUUUAAAAUGAAAUUAACCAUUAACCAGAGCUCAUUAAUGACGUCAUGGUUGAAAAUCCCAAUUGCCCGCUCAAUAAUAGCGUGAAUUGCUCACUGCUGCAGUCACUGUGCCAACAAACGCACGAGCGCUGCUUGUUCAUUUCGUGGUACCACAUCCUUGGGUGUAAAUUGUCGCCUACAUUGUGCAAAGCAUCAUGGCGGGUAUUCAUCUGAACUUGAGACUGGCAUUGACGACCCUAAUGAUUCUGGCUUUACUGGAUUUCUCCACUGGACAAACAACCACGAGAACGACAUCUGGCACAUCAGUGACACUCCCUAGUACCAGUCCAGGCAACUUGACGACAGAGCAGCUGGAGAUGCAGAGUACUCCUGCUAUAACAACUAUCCAACCUCCAACAAUAUCUGAUACAUCAGACAUGUCCCCGACAAAGCAGCCGGAGGUUCAGACCACCCCUAUUGUAAUAACUGAGGAACCAACUACAAAACCAAUGGGAAUAUCAAUUAACUGGACAACAGAGCAAACGGAGGUGCCGACCAAAACUGCUGUAACUACUGAGGAACCACCUACAUUACCAAUGCAAACAUCAGACAAUUGGACGACAGAGCGGCGGGAGGCUCGCACUACCCUUGUUGUAAUAACCGAGGAACCAACUACGACACUGAUGGAAAUAUCAGACAACUCCACGACAGAGCCGCCGGAGGUUCUGACCACCUCGGUCGAAACAACUGAAGAACCUUUUCCAGGACCGACGGUACCAUCUGACAACUCAACGAUAAAGCAGCCGGAGGUUCAGACAACUCUUGUUGUAACAACUGGGGAACCACUUACAAUUCCAACGGAACCAUCAAACAACUCGACAACAGAGCAGCCGGAGGCUCAAACAACUGCUGUUGUAACAACUGAGGAACCCCUUCCAGGAUCGACGGCACCAUCAGUCAAGUUGACAACAGAGCAGCCGGAGGUUCCGACCUCCUCGGUUGUAAGAACCGAGGAACCUUUUCCAGGACCGACGGUACCAUCAGAAAACUCAACGACAAAGCAGCCGGAGGUUCAGACCACUCUUGUUGUAACAACUAAGGAACCACUUACAGUACCAACGACAACAUCAGACAACUCGACGACAGAGCAGCCGGAGGCUCAAACCACUCCUGUUGUAACAACUGAGGAACCACUAACAAUACCAACAGUACCAUCAGACAACUUCACAACAGAGCAGUCGGAGGUUCAGACCACUCCUGUUGUAACAACUGAAGAACCUUUUCCAGGGCCGACGGUACCAUCAGACAACUCAACGACAAAGCAGCCGGAAGUUCAGACCACUCUUGUUGUAACAACUGAGGAACCACUUACAGUACCGACGACAACAUCAGACAACUCGACGACAGAGCAGCCGGAGGCUCAAACCACUCCUGUUGUAACAACUGAGGAACCACUAACAAUAUCAACGGUACCGUCAGACAACUCGACAACACAGCAGCCGGAAGUUCAGACUACCUCUGUUGAAACAACUGAGGAACCACUAACAGUUCCGACGAAAACAUCAGACAACUCGACGACAGAGCAGCCGGAGAAUCAGACCACUCCUGUUGUAACAACUGAGGAACCACUAACAAUAUCGACGGUACAGUCAGACGACUCGACAACACAGCAGCCAGAGGUUCAGACUACCCCUGUUGAAACAUCUGAGGAACCACUAACAGUUCCGACGAAAACAUCAGACAACUCAACGACAGAGCAGCCAAAGGUUCAGUCUACGUUUACUGUCACAAAUACAGGACCUCUUACAACACCAGUAGAAGCUAUUACAACCAACCCUCCUUUAAAACCAACGGAGGAACCAAACACGCCAAAGGAUGAGCUUCCGGUUUUCGACAAGAAUCCAGAGAAAGUGAUCUCUGUUGAGGUAGCCAUAACAGAAGAUUCGACAGACUGUCGACCAGAUGUCAAUUCGACGUCCGAGCCAUGCAAGGAUUUCAUAGACACAUUCAAAACUAGCACUGAGGUGCGCUACAGGAAGAUCCAGGGAUUUCUACGGGUUGAUAUUCGGGAAAUCAGAAAAGGAAGCGUGGUCGUCUCCCACGAUGCCGUGUACAACUACAAUGUCAUGAGACCCGAGGACCGCGAUCUGUCUGCCAAUGCCGUAUUUGAUCGGACAUUGAAACCGGCUCUGGAGGACGGCAAACUGGGCGAUCUUGCUGUGGAAAGCUGGAGCAACCCAGAAGAUACAACUAACUUUUGCGAUUACAUCGACGAUGGUUUUGCGAGGUGCGAGAACCCUUACCUGGAGCUGCAGUGCGUGGGGGGAUACGUCGAGUGCCGGUCGCCGUGCAAGCGCGCCGUGGACUACUGCAACGACAACGGGGAAUGCAGCCAGGACGACAAGGCUAACCCGGUCUGCCGCUGCCUGGAAACCUCAGUGGCAUGGUACACCGGCGAGAGAUGCGACGGUUUCAUCAGCAAAAUCGGGUUAAUUGUCGGGGUUUGUGUGGGGUCAGUCGUGCUCGUCAUUCUGAUAGUGACUGGCGUCUGUUUCUAUCGGACAAGGACCAAAAGCAUGACCUCGUCAUUACGUCGCAACAGCUACAUAUUAGAUUCGGAAGAUGGAUAUAGCUUGAAUACGGUGCAGUGUCACAGCCUCAAUGUACUUUCUGACGAAGUCGACGGCCAAACCUCUCUAGGAAGACAGGGGGAAAAACAGGAGCACGUAUAUAUGGAGGUAGACGAUGACGAAGGCGCCCAAAAGAAGGUAUCCAAAUAUACUGUUGACGCUCCCAUUGUCCGGUUGGCAAUGGAAAACGAAUACACUCCAUCCAAAGCAUUGGAUCCUACUGAGCCAGAUCCGACCACAUCAGAAGUAUCGAACAGAGAUAAAAUGGAAACAUUCUACUUCUGAAGAGCGAACCGACUAUGGACCCUUUCACUGCUAAUUGAUAGCUAUCUGCGCAUGCGCGUCUGUGCAGCGCCUGGCGGGGAAAAGCGAACGUGGCCUUUUUCAACGUGAGCUAAGACCGUGUCCGAAACGGCCUUCCUGUACCACGAAAAUUAUACGUCUUUUGUUAGAGCAUCACGGCUUAUUUCCAAAAGGCAGAGACCUAAACCUAGCUCAAAACAGAUUCAGAGGCAGCCUAUUUAUUGCUGCAGGCAUAUACCUCACAUCAGGCAGUAGAUAAUGAAGUUUCCUAAGCCGAUGAAGACCAUUUGUAUAGGAUUACAACCAGUCGAUUUUUACACUAACAUAUCACGUCUCAGGCUAGUAUGCUUUUUUGUGUGAUUUUUGGGUAGUGGCAUAUAACAAAGCUUGACUAGGCAAAAAUGAAAUUUUCAGUUUCACAGGAGCAAAAUGACGCGUCUUGUUUGUAUUUUAAUGCUUUGUUCAUAUACAUGCUGAGUAUAAUGGAAAUAAAGGUAGUACUCUGAAAUCAAAAGAACCUCAUCAGCUUUCGUAGCAAUCAGAUGCAACCAGUGUAUGAGUAUAAUGCAUAUCCGAUUAGCUAUAGUAGAAGAAGUAUCCUUGCUUAAUUUGUUUACUUUUCCUUUGUUUUUUUUAAAUGGGGUGGUUGUGAGUCGUUUUGGGGAGGGAGUCAAAUAAUUGGAAAGAUUUUAUUCGACAAGUACCUGUCACCCCCUCAAAAAACUAACAUUUUGCAAGGAGUUGAUAACAGGCUUACCAUUUUUUUUUCCUAGCAGCGUCGCUGCAAGUUUCGAUCACAUGUUCUUCUUGUUUGACCUGUGGAGGGUGUAUUAAAACCCUCUGAUCUACAGCUCUUGCUAAUAGUCAAGUGGCCUUCAUUAAUUUCCGAUCUUGGAUAUUUUCGAAAGCUCUUCAGGAUCUAUCAACAUUCUGAAACAGUUCAUUUCAAUCUAGUUAAGGUUUUGUAGUUGAAAUCUUUUCGUUCAUUUUGAUCUUUUCAUUCUGUUUAUCAUAGAAAACGCAGUGGAUAUCGGUAAUGUGUUCGUUGUUAUUUUUUUUAAAAGCUUGUUAAUAUAAGCUUAAAUAAACAGAAAAGGAAACAUGCAGAGGUAAAUUUCAACAAUUUUAAAUGAUUGCAGAUAAUUAUGAGGUGCCUGUGAUGUGAAUUAACAACUGAACACGACAAAGCAGCACUUGUUUGAAGUCUUGUAGGGAGUGUUUUUAUUUAAAAAUUCAAAGAAACAUUCCACGAAUGCGUGCGAAAAAAAUUCCUGUGAGCGGCAUCGAUGUUAUAAAAUAGUGUGCCGAGAAAAGGAUGGUUUUAAAUGAAUGAUUGUCUGUUUCAUUCACAUUUGCUCCUUAUUUACUGUUUCGAACUCUGUUCAAUAGACGCCUUUUCUGUGAAUUCGGCAAAUCAUCAAAUGUUUUCGAGCAGGGUAAAAAGUAAUGUCGUCUGUCUUUCUCGAGUUCAUAACGAAAAUAACCACUGGGCCAAUUUUGAGUUGCAAACCUACACCAUGUAUUAGGAGUAGCAAAGUUUUUUGUCAGAGUCAGCGAGGGCACUUUAUUGGGGGUCGUCACUUUUAUAAGAGGGUAUUCAGUGGGUUUGGGUGAGAAUAUCAGAAAUUACAAAAGUCCCUACUCGUAGUGUAGCGUGUUUGUGUAUGUCAUGAGCAGGACAAACCUUUUCAGAAGGCGUUUUGAUUGGGAUUACUCUGAUAGAAAUUACGAAAAAUUCUUGUAAUGGUAACUGAAAAGAUCUAGUUAUUUUUGUAACUAUAAGGCAAUUUAUUUUCCUCACUUUGUGUACGCUGCAAUAUUUUUCGAAGUAAAGUUGCAUGUUUAAAGGGCCUGUGUGUUUUAUGAUGUAGUCCUUAAAAGUUAUUGUGUCCCAUUUAAACUUUCAAUAACUGUUUGGCCUUUUUACGGGAGCAUGUGGGUGAGCCUUGCUUAGCUGUUUAUGCUAAACUGCAGUUUCAACCGAAACCUCAAUGUUCCAUCUAUUCUACACAAAGGGUACUAGAAUUUAUGGAUGUCUUCUAGUAGGUUUUCUUUUACUUAGUAAGUUAUUGCCAAUCAAGCACAUAUUUAUAUGCCAGUGAGGCAACCUGUUCUCACCCCAAAAAUCGAUAAACAAAUCUAUACGAGUCGAAGAGAAAAUCCUUAAAAUGAGCAAUAUCUUUCCAGAAUUACAGCAACACAUCCUCAUGCCCGCGGGAGCACAUUUGUUUGGGGGUGCUGAUGUUGUAAAAUCAUAAAUAUCUAGGAUUUGGGGGGAUCCCUUGGCAUUGGUGAGUUUGAUUAUGUGGCUUAACGUAAUCAAAGUUGGGGGUGCUAUUUUGUACACCAGCACCCCGGUCCGAAAAGGGUCAGGGUGCUUCAGCACCCACAGCAUCCCUCGUUCCUGCGGGCUUGCACAUCCUGUGGUUGUCCGGAAACGUUUGGAUUUUUUAAUACGUGCUUUUAAGAAAAUAAUUUUUCCACAAAAUCAGCCACAAUGUCAAAUAAUACAGUUUCCACUGCUUUAAAGAGAGUAAAAACUGCAUUAAAUGUGUAAGUCAGAAAGAUCAUUGCAUGGCCCCCAAUAAAACUGC